CCACUGAGAGUAAUGUUACAGAUCCGAAGACUGAGGAGACUGCGUAUCGCUAUCGUUCCCACAUACAGCCAUUGCAGUGCAUUGAGAUACAGUGACAGCUUUCGACGACAAAUUCCAAGAUGGGUAAAGGCGAUCCUAAGAAGCCCAGAGGCAAAAUGUCCUCGUAUGCCUACUUCGUGCAGACCUGCAGGGAGGAGCACAAGAAGAAACACCCUGAUGCCUCUGUGAAUUUCUCCGAGUUCUCCAAGAAGUGCUCCGAGCGAUGGAAGACCAUGUCUGCCAAAGAAAAGAGCAAGUUUGAGGAUUUAGCAAAGCAAGACAAGGUACGCUAUGAAAGGGAGAUGAAAACCUACAUACCGCCCAAGGGGGAGAAGAAGAAGAGGACAAAAGACCCUAAUGCACCAAAAAGGCCCCCAUCUGCUUUCUUCAUAUUCUGCUCCGACUUCCGCCCAAAAGUUAAAGGAGAGAGCCCUGGAUUGUCCAUUGGUGAUGUUGCCAAGAAAUUAGGGGAGAUGUGGAAUAAAACCACCGCUGAGGAUAAGCAGCCCUAUGAAAAGAAGGCAGCCAAGCUGAAGGAGAAAUACGAAAAGGAUAUCGCCGCGUACCGUGCCAAGGGCAAGACCGAUGGUGCCAAGAAAGCUCCUGCCAAGAUGGAGAAGGCCAAGAAGAAGAAGGAGGAGGAGGAAGAGGACGACGAUGACGACGACGAGGAGGAAGAAGAGGAGGAGGAGGAAGAUGAUGAAGAUGAUGAUGAAUAAAUCAGAGCUUAGUUUCUUGUUUAUAAAGCAUUUAACCCCCCUGUACACACUUCACUCCUAUAAAAAAAGAAAAAAAAAACAAAAAAAUGUAAGGCUGUGUAUAUGAAAUGUUUUUAAGCUGUACAGUGUUUUUUUUUUUGUAUAGUUAACACUACGGAAGUGUCUUUAGAUAGCCCUGUGUUUUGUUUUUUAGUGGUAGUUCUUAAGCCACUAACCUUGCCUGGUACAGUUUCUGGGGGUUGUAAAACGGCAUGGAAUUUGCAGGUUUCCUGGUGGUGCACAGCACAAAAUCUAGUUUUAUGUGGGGUUGUAGUUCGUUUCCAGUUGUAUUUGUGUUUUUUAUUUUUUAUUUUUUUAAUUUUUUGCCGUAUCAUAAAGUUCUUUUACUGUACUUUGAAUACCACUCUGUAAUUGCAAAAAGAAAAAAAAUGCAGCUGUUUUUGUUGACAUUCUGAAUGCUUCUGAAGUAAAUAAACCCUUUUUUUAAAAGUA